AUGCACCCGUCCUCAUCCAUGCACCCGUCCUCGCCCAACGCGCCCAUGGCCCCACCGCGCGCUCUUGAGCCCGCGCUGCCGCCUGUUUACACGCCCGCGGAUCUCCCGCGUCAUCCGCCAGCGUCCGCUCACGAGAGCCGCGCUGUGCAAGCCCCCUGCGUGCCUGGCAUCCGCCCCGCUCGUUCACCCACCUCCGUCCGCUCACCGCUCCCCAUCUCGCACCCUAGGCAGCGGAACAACACGCGCGCCACCCCGCAGCAGCAAACCUGGCAGCUAGCAUGGCUACAAACACUCCAAGGCACCCAGGGGACACCCCUCUUCGCAGGAACGAGCCUUUGCAAGAUCGCGAGCGGGGGGCCACCAGGCACGAGCACGCCGGACUGGGAGGGAAUAUUUCCGUUUGCCCUCGCCGACUCAUCUUCCGCAUCCACCUACCUCUCCUCUGUCCUCGACGUACCUACGCCCCCGCCACGCAUUAUCCUGCCCAUCCGAGUCGCGCUUGCGCCCCCGCGCAACGUUUACUCCCGCGCUUCACAAGAAUCACAACCCACGACCUCCACGCCCUCUUCCAGUACUUCUCCCUUGCACUUUCAUCGUCCGACGACCCUCGAACUCCCUCGUGCGGGCGGCUUGUCAGUCGAGUACGCCUCAUCGCCCGGUGCGAAGACCAAGGAGCCCGCGCACCGUCUGCUCGCAAGCUCGCCGAGAAAAUAG